GACAGACAUGGCGCCGUAACAGCACAUGGCGGCGAUCGGUGCGGUGACUCUCAGCGACUGGCAAAGUGCGGUCAAAUCCCAUCGAAAGCCUCCCUGCAGCACUCGCAGCUCGGACAAGGAGGCGUGCCGGUGAUCCGCACUCCCUGUACUUUUCCCCCAAUCCCUCCCCUCCUCCCCAAACCUUCCUUUCCCCGGUUCCUGUUUUUUCCCCCUCCUCCUCCUGCUUGCGGCCCUCCUUCCCUGGGCCGGCCUGUCUCGUACCUGGACAGCGCGUGAGAGCGAGCGAGCAAAGGCCAUGGGGGUGCAGGGCUUUCAGGAGUACAUCGAGAAGCACUGCGCCAGCGCCGUGGUGCCGGUGGAGCUGCAGAAGCUGGCCCGGGGGAGCCUGGUGGGUGGAGGCCGCAACCGGCCUCCGCAGACCCCGCUCCGCCUGCUGGUGGACGCCGAGAACUGCCUGCACCGCUUGUACGGCGGCUUCUACAAUGACUGGGUGAGUGGCGGCCAGUGGAACCACAUGCUCAGCUACCUGGCCUCGCUCUCCAAGGCCUGCUUCAGCGGCAACAUUGAGCUGGUGGUGUUCUUCAACGGCGCACUGGAAAAACCCCGCCUCCACGAAUGGGUGAAGAAGCAGAUCAACGACAGGCAGACGGCCCAGCAGAUUAUGAGCCACGUCCAGAACAAAGGCACCCCGCCGCCUAAAGUCUGGUUCCUGCCUCCCGUCUGUAUGAGCCACUGCAUCCGGCUCGCCCUCCUCCGCUUCCGUGUGAAGGUUGCACAGAGCAUUGAAGAUCACCAUCAGGAAGUGAUUGCCUUCUGCAGAGAGAAUGGUUUCCAUGGCCUACUUGCGUAUGACUCAGAUUAUGCGUUGUGUAACAUCCAGUACUAUUUCAGUGCCCAUGCCCUUAAACUGAGCCGGAAUGGCAAAAGCCUCACUACCAACCAAUACCUGAUGCAUGAAGUUGCCAAGCAACUGGAUCUGAAUCCUAGUCGCUUUGUUAUCUUUGCUGCACUCUUAGGUAACCAUAUUCUACCUGAUGAAGAUCUGGCUGCCUUUCACUGGAGUUUACUUGGUCCAGACCAUCCUUUAGCCUCAUUAAAGGUACGCGCACACCAACUUGUUCUGCCACCGUGUGAUGUAGUGAUAAAAGCAGUCGCCGAAUAUGUUCGCAACAUUCAGGAUAUUGGUGAUUUGGAUGCAGUUGCAAAAGAUGUUUUUAAGCGCUCUCGGUCUAGGACAGAAGAUAAAAUUGAGCAAUUCAAGAGAGCAGUUGAAUAUUACUCCAUUGCAAGCAAACCUCCAUUAAUCCAACAUGGCCCAACACCUUUCCCAGGAAUGAGACUGAAUCAAUUUGGAGUGCCAGCUAUUGUUCCACACUAUCCACAUCCACAAAUGCUUAACAUUCCACAACCUCACCUUCAGGCAAAGACUGUGGGCCAACAAUUAGCUGGCCAAUCUACCACUUCAGGACCAGGAACUUCAGACUUGUACUCGGUGAACAAAGAUCAACCUUCACCAUUAGGUACAUACCAGCCUGCCCUGCCUGACCCCAGCCUCGCCCUGGAAUCCAACAACAAUUACAGCAACAUUCCUCAUGAAGGGAAGCAUACACCUUUAUACGAACGUUCCUCACCAAAUAUUUCUACAGCUUCAGCUGUGAGUCCAAAUCAUUGUGGUAUAGAAGCACCAUUUUUCCCUGCUUCUUCAACAUCAUCCUCGUCUGACAAUGAGGAAAAUAGGGGUGCUAAUAAUCAUGUUCCUGAAAUACAUCACCAUGUGUUAGCUUGGGAAAAAUCUGGAAAUCAGUCUGAAGGUCUAGAAAAAUCUUCUGGAGGAGGGCAUCAGAAAGGUGUUUGCAUUCGAAAUGAAACAAAGGUGGAAGAUCCCUCUGGCAAUCCAGGAGGCCAAGUAGAUGCGAAAGUUUCAACUGUAUCAGCUGGAAGCAGGCUGAGUCAAAUCAACACUGAACAGAUUCCAUCUCUUCUAUCAGUGCCUACAAGAAACCACAUGGAUAUAACCACCCCUCCUGUGCCAAUGGUAGCUCCAGAGGUACUAAGAGUUGCUGAACACAGACACAGGAAAGGAUUGAUGUACCCUUAUGUAUUUCAGGUGCUCACAAAGGGGGAGAUUAAGAUCUCCAUUAGCAUAGAAGAUGAAGCCAAUAAAGAUUUGCCUCCUGCUGCUUUGCUGUAUAGGCCAAUACGGCAGUGUGUAUAUGGAGUCCUGUUUAGCCUAGCUGAGGCUAGGAAAAAAGCUGAAAGACUUGCACUAAGGAAAAAUAGAUUCCCUACUGAAAUUCCUCCAGUUUUAGUUAAAGAGUGGGCCGCUUACAAGGGGAAAUCGCCCCAGACUCCAGAACUGGUAGAAGCACUUGCUUUUAGAGAGUGGACAUGUCCAAACUUAAAGAAGCUGUGGCUUGGAAAAGCUGUGGAGGAUAAAAACCGAAGAAUGAGGGCAUUUCUUGCGUGCAUGAGAUCAGACACACCAGCUAUGCUCAAUCCCUCAAAUGUCCCAACACACCUUCUUGUUCUUUGCUGCGUGCUACGAUACUUGUUGCAGUGGCCAGGAGUGAGGAUCCUUCGUCGCCAUGAACUUGAUGCAUUCCUUGCACAGGCUUUAUCUCCCAAACUUUAUGAACCAGAUCAGCUGCAGGAACUUAAGAUUGAAAGCCUAGAUCCCCGUGGUAUCCAACUUGGAGCACUGUUUAUGAGCGGGAUUGAUAUGGCGUUAUUUGCAAAUGAUGCAUGUGGGCAGCCAAUUCCGUGGGAGCAUUGUUGCCCAUGGAUGUACUUUGAUGGCAAGCUUUUCCAAAGUAAGCUUAUAAAAGUGAGCCGGGAAAAGGUGCCCUUGAUUGACCUCUGCGAUGGUCAGGCUGAUCAAGCUGCGAAACUUGAGAAAAUGCGUCAGAGUAUUCUGGAAGGCUUAAACCUUUCCAGGCAAGCUCAUCCCAUUGCUUAUCCUCCUCCAGCCAUGCAUUUUUAUCCAGCUGCAGUUUAUCCGAGACCCGUUGGACCAAUCCUUACACAUCACGGUAGAGGGAGAGGCUUGGGUGGCGUCCAGCCAAUGCCCUCUCAAGGAGGUAAAUUAGAGAUUGCAGGGACUGUCGUAGGCCAGUGGGCAGGAAGCAAGCGUGGACGUGGCAGAACUGCCUUUCCCCUGCAGGUUGUUUCUGUUGGAGGACCAGCUAGAGGACGUGCAAGAGGAAUCAUCUCCAGCCCAGCUGCUAGUCGUUUCAGUAGGGGAGCUAAGUACUACACUAAAAGUGCUGCUGUCUGGAAUAUCAGAAAUCAGGGGGGUCAGCCAGCUUAUGCUGCUUCAGCAGAAGAAAUUGCUCAAGAAUUGAAGGCAUCUGGGGAUUCUGGAGACCAUGGUUCAGAGGAACAUGAGAAAUCUCAGCCAGGUCUUGCAGAAGACUCUUCAGAUAGCUCUCCUGCUGAAAAUGGAGUUUCAGAUGAAAGUAAACCUGUUUCCGAGCUAAAUGGAAACAAAGGAGACAUCAGGGCUUCCAACCAAACUGAAAGUGCCUUGAAUAAUGACUCUAAAAUGUGCAAUACAACUCCUCACUUAAAUGCACUAACUACAGAUGGCAGUUGCAAUAGAGGUGAAAAUCUUGAUACUGCUGUCUUGAAAAAGGAAGAGUAAUCUGUAUUUUUUUGUUUUUUGUUCAGGGGGUGAAGGAUGUUUGGAAGGUUACAGAAUAGGAAUAUUUGAAAAAGAAGGCCUACAGUUGCAUACAAUAUUUUCUUCUCCAUAGAGAAAUAAGGACAUUGGAAAUUUGGAUCCCUCUUUGAUGUCAGCUGUUUAACAAGCAAUCUUUUCUAGCCAGUUGCAGUUGAAUGCUACCAAAUGAAAUGAAGAGCAUUUGACUCCCACAUUUGAAAUGGUAUAACAAGACAUUCAAACUGGUUAUGACAAUUUACAUUUUCUUUUUCAGAACGUAAAGCAAAUAUGGCUUUAAUUUGGCAGUCUUCAAUACAUAGGUUAAAAUACAGUACAGUACUUGGCACCAUAACUUUGCCAUCUUAAUUGAUUUUAUGUGUUGUGUCAGUUGCUUAUUUUAAGAUUUAAAUUUCACAAGCCUGCAAAAGGCAUAGAACCACAAAAAAAUUCUACUACUUCAAUGUCAUUAGUUUUGGUGUGGUUAUGUCAGCAAAAGAUUUAUAAAAUAAAAUAAUUCAAUGUUUAAGUUUCUAGAAAGUAAUACGCAGCUUCAGUUUUGGCAAUCUUUAAGAAAAAGCAAAUAUGUGUAAGAAGCAAAUUACAUGUUGAGAAAACAACUGAAAACAUUCAUUGAAGAUGCAGAUGACCUUUAAAAAGUUAAACAUCACCAUAUAAUUGAUAUGUUUUGUGAAUAUGACAGCUCUUACCAUGCAUCCGUGAAUCAAUGAAAUCAGUGGUUUUUGAAUCAGAUGUAGACAUUAGUACUACUUCGGCUAAACUUCUGCAUGGUUCAUAAUUUUUGAAGUGUGUAGUUAAUAUUAUGCAUGUUAUCGUCCUCUUUCUUCCAUCCUACAAGUACUGUGCCCAUUUGCAAAUUUUAAAAGUUAGUCAUAGUCCUAUAAAAAGAUGUUAAAAUAUGUUUAGUCAUUAACUGAUCUUGCUCUAACCUUAAAUUUUGUGGUUAUUGACCUCUGUUGCAUUUAUUCUAAAAAAAACCUACAAAAGUUAUCUAGCCACUCUGAAUGAUUAAUGUUAACCCUGGUGUACUCAUCGCUACUGUAUUCAUAUUGUUCUCUGUUGCUGUUUUAUGCAUUUGUAUUAGCAAAGUGAUCUUUCUACAAAAUUCUUGAAAAGCUUCAAUCUUCAAAAAAAUUACCCCUACGUAGCAGACAAUUCAGCAAAUUGCUCGUUUUAAAAUUUUCCCAUCAAGAGUUUAGUAUAAGCAAGUAAACUUGUAUCAUUCUGCUGUUUUUGUUAGUGUUUCAAACCUGAUGUACUUUGAAUCAGAAUCCUUACUUUAUUAUUAUUUCAUAUAAUUUUCCUGAUGCUCUUCAUCACACAUUAGUGAACAGAAAUAAAAUGUAACACCCCCCCCACCCCCACCAAAUCCCUGCCCGCAACAGCUACAUAGUACCUUUUCUGUAAGUUGAAAGGAGUUCUACCUACAUAUGGAUUGUGCAAGAAUGAACGACUGUUGGGUUUGCUCGGUUGCUGAUGGAUUAUGGUGUGGUGUAAUACUGGAAGGCUAUUGAAUGCAACUUACAAUGCUUAAUAAAAAUCUUUAUUCUUUUAGUAUAAA